UUGACAACACUCCUAAAACUUUAAUUUCAAAACAACAAGUUGGCAAUACUUCUGAAGCUAGCAGCCCUUUAAUUUCUCCCAACUGUCAAGUUAGCGAUGCUUCUGAAGCUAGCAGAAUUUUAACUUCUCCAACCAUCAACAACACUUCUGAAUCUUUAAUUUCUCCCAACCAACAAGUUGGAAAUACCUCUUCCGAAACUAGUAGCACUUCAGAUAAAUUACAAUUACAAUAUGCCAAUCAUAUUUCUUUAUCACCAGACAAUGAAUUUGAAUCUACAGAUAUUGAAUUGAAUUCCGUGCAUAAAGUGCGAUCUUCGGGCUUAACAAAUAUAUUCUUAGAUGAUGACGAAUAUAAUUCUGAAGUGAAGCAACCAUUUACUUCAGCUAAUACGAUAUAUCAAAGUAAACAAAAAAAAUGGAGUCAACCAUUUAUAUUACAAGAAUUAUCGCUUAAAAAGUCAUCAACAUCAUUGCUAAAUCAAGAAGCAUUAAUCGAGAAAUUGACUUUAGAG